AAAUACCACUACCUAUUAGUAUUGCUUUUUGCUGGACUUUAUGGUCAAUUAUUGCUUGUUUUGUCACUCUCUUUCUCUUAAAAUUCGUAGUUGGUUCUUGUGUUGCUGGUGAGACAUAUCCAAUUGCAUCAUGGUCAUAUCUACAUAAAGUGUGGCUUCGUCAAUUAAUUGUGUCUAGUUUUCAUCAUGCCUGGUUACUACCAACUGGAUAUGAUUAUCUUUAUCCUUUGAUUCUCCGUUGGCUAGGUGCUCAAGUUGAAAAUGAUGUCAAACUUGCUAAUAUAGACACCUUCUUGUCCUAUCCAACAAAUUUAUUAAAACUCGAAACAGGAGUCACUAGUUUCGCUUACGUUUUAUUAGUUCCUACUGAGAUAACACUUUCAGGUGAUCAUCGUGUCGAUUGUAUAACACUCGGAUCACAUACAAACCUUGCUAAUAUAUGUUCAAUUUUGCCAGGUAGUCGUCUUGCAUCUCAUACUGUGGUUGGCAAUUUAACACGUAUCACUCGAGAAACAAAUAGCAAUGAUGGAGAUGUUUUCAUUGGUGUUCCAGCUCGUGCUAUGCCAUUUCAAAUGCCCAUUAGAGAAGCAACGGAAGAUCAAAUUAAAACUACUCCAUUUUGGAAGACAUGUUUUUCUCAUUAUAUUAGCAAAUGUCUUCUCAUAGGCAUUUAUUGGUCAUGUGGUUUCAUCGUUGGACCAAUCAUUCAUACAAUAAUUGUAUGCAUUUUCGAUCGAUGGUAUUUAUAUACAGAUAAUGAAAUAAUCGGACAAAUAAUAAGAAAACUACAAGUAGAUCAUCGAAUUUUUAUUUGUUCAUUUCUUGGCAAUACUCAAUGGCUAAUUCGGUUAUUUCGAGCAUAUGGUGCGAACAUCGGCAACAAUGUGACCUUACCCGAUGUUUUUUCUAUUUUUGAUUACAAUUUGGUGACUAUCGGAGAUAAUGUUCGACUUAAUAUCAAUGCUAUUAUUGUGUGUCACACUUCCGAACAGCGUAUUUGGAAAGUAGCUCCUGUUACAAUAGGCAACUCGUGUGUUCUUAUGAGUGGGUCAAUUGUAAUGCCGGGUUGUAAAUUAAUGGGUAACAAUCGACUUUAUCCUUUUACACUCGUAAUGAAAAAUGAUCUAUUGCAAUCAAACACACAAUGGAAAGGACUUCCUGCACAAUCUUAUGUAGCAAAACCAAUGCUAUCUCGAUCUGUACCCAUUUGUAAUAAUGUCGUCAAAUAUCGACAGAUAUCUAACAACUUUGAUCGACUGUCUUUGUGGUAUAAACAAAUUUCAAAUACCUAUAAGAAUGUCAAUGAACUACAAUUUAUGAAUUGGGGUUAUGCAGAUUUGGAUGAGCAUAUUGAUGACAAUACUGGUUACUAUUCGAAGAAACUUUAUCAACAGGUUCUUGCUAAUGUAACACUUGCAGAUCAAAAUAUACUCGAAGUGGGUUGUGGUAGAGGUGCUGGUGCUGCUUGGUGUGUUCGUACAUUUGCUACUCGAUCUUAUAUUGGAAUAGAUCCUUCGCAAGAUAUUAUUAACCUAUGUCAACAAUGUUAUUCGACAACUCCUCGACUCUCGUUUAUGAUAGCUGAUCCAGAAACUCAUUUACCAUUUCAAAAUGAGUCAAUGAAUGUUGUUCUCUCAAUUGAAACAACAAAUCUUUUUGAUGAGAUAGAAACAGUGAAGAAAUUCGUCAAUGAAAUUACUCGUGUGCUUACUCCUAAUGGAUACUUUCUCUGGUGUGGAUUGUGUAAUGUAGACGGUUCAAGUGUAUUGAUUGAUUAUUUAACAGCAAAUAAUGCAUUUAUUAUUAAAGAGAAGGUCAAUAUCACAAGAAAUGUUCUUCAUGCACUUGACAUUCAAAAUAACUCACGUGCUGACUUUAUUGAGCGUUAUAUUCAACCUGCAGAUCAACAAUAUUGUCGUCUAUUCGCUGGAUUACCUGGCACUCAACUUUAUAAUAAUAUGCAACAAGGACGUGCAGAAUAUUAUCGAGUUGUAUUCCGCAAGAAGAUAAUAAAAAAGACACUUCAUAUUUAA